GGCGGCCAGGAGGGCAGGGAGGAGAGGCUAGCCGGCACCGCAGCUCGGGACCAGCGGAGCCCGGGAGGGAAGAGAAGCCCAGUCCAGCCUCGGAGGGGAGAGCAGCCCAGUCCAGCCCAGCCCAGCCCAGCCCCGGAGGGGAGUACAGCAGAGAGCCCAGUACGGCAGCCAGACCCCGGAGGAGAGCGCAGCCGAACUCCGGGCGGCAGCGCAGCGCAGCCCAGCUGGGCUAGGCUCAGAGCAGAGCCGAGAGGAGCUGAGCUGAGUCCGCAAGCCCCGGAGAGUGAAGCAGAGCCGAGCCGAGCCGAGCGCACGCAGCCCAGCACCCUUCCGUGCCGCGCCGCCGGAGCAGCCAGGGAGGGCAGAAGCACCAUGCCUCCCUCCUGUCCCGCGAGCCGACGGGAGCCUCACGGAGCCCCAUCGCCGCAGCCUGGGGCCCUCUUUUGUUCCUGAGGGCCAAGAUGCGGUAAAGAGGGGCCGGGCUGACGGACGGCAGAGCCCCCCGCGAGCGUCCUUCCCAUCCCUCCCUCCCCCUGUCCAGGGGGGAGGGCAAGCUCAGCUGGCCUCCUGCCCCCCGGCCCUCCUGACUCCUCGGCCAGUCCGCCUGCCUUUCGGACCCCAGCUGCCGAGAGCAGGGAGAUGCUGCCGUGGAAGAGAAACAAAUUCGAGCUGAUCGAGGAGGACCCCAAACAGGCGGCUAAGGCCAAGGGCUAUGCGGUGAGCCUCAACUACUCGGCGCUCACGUCGCUGGCCAAGGCGUGCCCAGAGAGCGCCCUCACCCGGGUGGGCAGCAUGUUCAAGUCGAAGAGGAAAAAGGUCAAGAUCACCAGCGAGGACCCCACGUACACUGUACUUUACCUGGGCAACGCGACCACCAUCCAAUCACGCGGCGAGGGCUGCACCGACCUGGCGGUGGGUAAGAUUUGGGGCAAGAGCGAGGCGGGCAAACACGGCACCAAGAUGAAGCUGACCAUCAGCGCACAGGGCAUCCGCAUGGUGCACGCCGACGACCAGGCGCUCAAACGGCCGGGCCAUCUCUACCUGCUGCACCGGGUCACCUACUGUGUGGCCGACCCGCGCCUGCCCAAGGUUUUCGCCUGGAUCUACCGGCACGAGCUGAAGCACAAAGCCGUCAUGCUGCGCUGCCACGCCGUUCUCGUGUCCAAGGCCGAGAAGGCGAAGGCCAUGGCGUUGCUGCUCUAUCAGACGUCGGCCACGGCCCUGGCCGAGUUCAAGAGACUCAAGCGGCGCGACGACGCGCGCCACCAGCAGCAGCAGCUGGUGGGCGAGCAGAGCAUCCCUCUGGUGCCCCUUCGAAAGCUCCUGCUGAACGGGCCCAGCUGCUACAAGCCGCCCGUCGAGCGCAGCCGCAGCGCGCCCAAGCUGGGCUCCAUCACCGAGGACCUGCUGGGCGAGCAGCAGGAGCAGGAGCAGCAGCAGCGCGAGCAUCUCCUAGGCGAUGCGGAGGAGGAGCCCGGCCACCCCCAAGACGGCGAGGACGAGGAUGACCUGGCCCUGGACUUGGACCUGACCCUGGACGGCGAGGGAGAGGAUGUGGAGACGGACGGGGAGGCGCAGCUGCAGCCUCACGUCGGAGCCUCGCCCUUGGAAUGUGGGGACCUCCUGGACACAUUGGACCCGAGGCGCCCCGGCGCACUGCUACUAGCCGGCUCGGCCGACGGGAAGCGCGAGCUCUCCCGGCUCAUCAGCGACCUCGGCGAUCUCAGCAUCGGCAACGACGUGCAGAGCCUUCGGGCAGACCUGCGUGUCACCCGGCUGCUGUCGGGCGAGAGCACCGGCAGCGAGAGCUCCAUAGAGAGCGGCUGCCAGGAAGCUGGGGGCUCGCCAGGGCUUGCCAACGGACUGGAUGAGGUCGGGCCGGAGGCCGGCCAGAGCUGAGCUCGAUGUAGGCUGCUGUUUGGGGCGACCUUGGACUGCAGUCGCCCCCCCCGCCGCCACCACUGCUGCUUUCUCCCCCCUCCAACCGCUCCCAGGUCCGCUGCUGCUGCUGCUGCUGGCUGCUGCUCCUGCUUCCAGCUGUGCACGCCCCGUCGGGUUGCUUGGGCGCUGUGCAUAGGCCGGGGCGCCUCCCAGCCCCCUUCCACCGGUCCUCUGAGUCCUCGGCGGCAGUGGCUAGGAGAGCGAGCAGGCGUCAGCGGCCAACGGACGCCUAGGCGUUGGCCUCCUCUUUCUGGGGACAAGGCGGUGCUGGCCUGGCUGGGCGGAAAGCCCUGUUCGGUUGGUUCUCCCCCAGGGCGCCGUGCGUGGUGGGAGAACGCACCGGGAGGCCUGGCUGUGAGCUGGAUCAGGGACCCGCCAACUUCCUCCGGCUUGUUUGUGAUGGGGAGAGGGAAGGAGAGUGUGUGUGUGUGUGUGUGUGUGUGUGUGUGUGUGUGUGUGUGUGUUGAGAGAG